AUGACGAACCUCCUAUGGUCUGGUUACCGCUCAGAGGCGGUUGAAGACUAUCCGGGAGUGCUCAUUCCACUCGGGGAAGCCCAUCUACACAGUCACUCGUCCAGAUCCCGCCCACCUUCUAAUUUAGACGAUGCUGUACUCGGCCAGGAUGACGAGGGCGUCCACCAUCACAAAGAUCCAGCCGAUGAUGAGGACACGGGCAUGUUGUUAGAAAUGGGGACCGAACCUGAGUACAGCAUCGAGGGGCUCAGGAGAGAGGUUCGCCGUGGAAAUAAGGGCGGCGAGAAGUGGACGGAUUAUGAGAUGAAAUCGAAGCUCAUCAACAAGGCCAUUCAAGACAUUGGGAUGGGGAGAUAUAACUGGCAACUGUUUGUCUUAUGUGGCUUUGGUUGGUUUGCGGACAAUUUAUGGAUGCAGGGCAUCUCUCUCACCCUCCCAUCGCUAUCAGCUGAGUUCGACAUAUCGGAGAAGACCGUUCGCUAUACCACGUCCUUCCUGUUUGCCGGUCUUUGUUUUGGGAGCUUCAUCUGGGGAAUCGGCUCCGAUAUCCUAGGUCGACGUCUGGCCUUCAACGCCACUCUCUUCAUCACCGCCAUCUUCGGUAUUGCCUCUGCCUUCGCAACAAGCUGGGCUGGCGUUUGCUUUCUCUACGCUGCCCUUGGCUUUGGCGUUGGUGGCAACCUACCCGUCGACGGUGCCCUCUUUCUCGAGUUCUUGCCUGACGCCUCCAGCUCCUUGCUAACCCUUCUCUCCAUCUGGUGGCCCAUCGGCCAGCUGUGCUCCUCGUUGCUGGCCUGGUACUUCAUCGGCCACUUGCCCGCCGAGCAAGGAUGGCGACACUUUGUGUUCAGCAUCGGCAUCAUCACUUUUAUCAUGUUUCUCGUCCGUUUCUUCAUCUUCCACCUCUACGAGUCCCCCAAGUUCCUCCUUUCAAGAGGCAGACAAGCCGAGGCAGUAGCCGUCGUCCACGGGAUCGCUUUCCGCAACGGCCGCAAAACGUGGUUGACCGAGGAAAUCCUCGACGCAGUCGUCGACGGGCUCUCAUCCCCAUCCCCAGCCACUCCUCGCCGCCGUCAGCAUGUGACGCGACAGCGACUAUCGACCACCAACAUCCUCAAGCAGCGCUUCGCCUCCUUCUCAGGCGACCGUCUCCGUCCGCUCUUCAGCAACCGCAAACUCGGUCUGACUACCGCUCUCAUCUGGUUCUGCUGGGCGACCAUCGGCAUGGGGUACCCCUUAUUCAACGCCUUUCUCCCACAGUAUCUAUCCCACGGCGGCAACAACAACAGUGGACAGCCAACACCGGAAACUAGCACAAGCACGAGCAGCAGUCCAGAAACCAUCUCAGCUGAAACCUACCGCAACUACGCCAUAACCUCGAUCGCCGGAGUCCCCGGUAGUCUGCUCGCCGCCUACGCGGUAGACAUGAAGUCACCCUUCCUGGGCCGUCGCGGAACGCUGGCUCUCUCGACGCUUGUUUCCGCCAUCUUCCUGUACUUAUUCGUCAAGUUCGGUACAACACCGGGUUGGCUACUGACGUUCUCGUGCAUCGAGGCGUUCGCGCAGAACAUCAUGUAUGGGGUCCUGUAUGCUUUCACGCCCGAGAUUUUCCCAGCGCCGGUCCGGGGAGCGGGCACAGGCGUGGCGAGUUUCUUGAACAGAGUAACGGGACUUGUGGCACCCAUUUUGGCGGCGACGGUGCCAGGGGAUGGUACGACUACGCCGGUGUAUUUGUCGGCGGCACUGAUUCUGGCGGCGUUUGUAGGGAUGGUGAUGAUUCCUAUUGAGACGAGGGGAAGGCAGAGGUUGUGA